AUGAGUUUCUGUUGUUUGCAGGAGCUGUGCCAGUGCCGCCCUGGGGAAGGGAACUGCUCCUGCUGUAAGGAAUGCAUGCUCUGCCUGGGCACACUUUGGGAUGAGUGCUGCGACUGCGUUGGUAUGUGCAAUCCUCGCAAUUACAGUGACACCCCUCCGACAUCCAAGAGCACUGUGGAGGAGUUGCAUGAACCAAUUCCUUCCCUUUUCCGGGCGCUGACAGAGGGGGAUACUCAGCUGAAUUGGAAUAUCGUUUCCUUCCCUGUGGCAGAAGAACUGUCGCACCACGAGAACCUCGUUUCCUUUUUAGAAACAGUGAACCAGCCACAGCAUCAGAACGUCUCUGUUCCAAGCAACAAUGUCCACGCACCUUACUCUAGUGACAAAG